AUGGAAAAACAACCGGCGAGCAGCUGGAGCAUCCACACCCGCCCGGAGAUAAUCGCCAAAUACGAGAUCUUCGAGCGAGUCGGAUCCGGAGCCUACGCCGACGUCUACCGCGCUCGUCGCAUCUCCGACGGUCUCAUCGUCGCUCUCAAGGAGAUCUUCGAUUACCAAUCCGCCUUCCGAGAGAUCGACGCCCUCUCGAUCCUCCAUGGAUCUCCAAACGUCGUCGUUAUGCACGAGUACUUCUGGCGUGAGGAAGAGAACGCAGUGAUCGUCCUCGAGUUUCUCAGGUCGGAUCUGGCGGCGGUGAUCCGAGAUGCUAAGAGGAGGAAGAAGAAAGGGGAAGAAGGGUUUAGGGUUGGGGAGAUUAAGAGAUGGAUGGUUCAGAUUCUGGAUGGAGUUGAUGCUUGUCAUAGGAGUUUGAUUGUUCAUAGAGAUUUGAAGCCUGGGAAUAUGUUGGUUGGUGAUGAUGGAGUGCUUAAGCUUGCUGAUUUUGGUCAGGCUAGGAUACUAAUGGAGCCUGAUGUCGUCGCUUCAGAGGAGAAUCAACAGGAAGAAGAGCCACCAGAAGUGAUUCCUGAUUAUGUGAACUCGUCUCAGAAAGGGCUCGAUGGUGAGGAACAUGAAGUGUUGAGUAAAGAGGAGUACUUUCGACAGGUGGAAGAGCUCAAGGCUAAGCAAGUUGUGAGAGAUGAUAAUAUUGAUAAGGACUCUAACGUGUAUGAUGGAGACGCGUCUUGCCUUGCGACGUGUACCGUUAGUGAAAUGGAUGAUGAUUUCGGGACGAACUCUUUUGCUUAUGAUGCUGAUGAGGGAUUGGAUGGUGGAGAAGGUUUGAUGACGUCUUGUGUAGGAACUAGAUGGUUUAGGCCACCGGAACUGUUGUAUGGAUCUACAAUGUAUGGGUUGGAGAUCGAUCUGUGGUCGCUUGGUUGUGUGUUUGCGGAACUCUUGUCUCUUGAGCCUUUGUUUCCAGGAGUUUCGGAUAUUGAUCAGAUUAGUAGAGUGACCAGCGUGCUGGGGAAUUUAAACGAAGAGGUUUGGGCUGGCUGUGUUGAUCUUCCAGACUACAAGUCUAUCUCGUUUGCUAAUGUAGAGUCUCCUCUUGGUAUAGAAGGAUGUCUUCCAAACCAUUCAGGAGAUGUGAUAGCGCUGCUCAAGAAGCUCAUCUGUUACGAUCCAGCUAGUAGAGCUACUGCUAUGGAGUUGUUGAAUGACAAAUAUUUUAAGGAUGAGCCUCUUCCUGUUCCAGUUUCAGAGCUCUAUGUGCCUCCGGCAAUGAGUGGGCCAGAUGAUGAGGAUUCUCCUAGAAUGUGGAAUGACCACAGAGAUAUGGAUUCAGAUUCAGAUUUUGACGGCUUUGGUCCAGUGAAUGUGAAGCCUACAAGUAGUGGAUUUACAAUAGAAUUCCCCUGA